AUGUUGAUCUGCAAAAGCCAAACCAUAAAAUACAUUCUUCUCACCGCUGCGCUCUAUGGACCAUGUGUACUUGCCAAUCGAGGUUCAGGAAAGCAACAACUGGAUACAUACGAUGAUACAACAACAUCAAUUUCCUCGUCCUCGUCCUCCUCUUUUGCAUCCGAAUCUCUCCAAUCAAUGAGCAUGUCGCAUUCUUCUUCAAUGGAUGAUGAACUUGCAGAGGAAUCAUCUCAUGCCGAUAGUGUCAAUGAACGUAUUGGAAUCACCAUCCCUGAUAAUAACAAAAACAACACCCUUGAAGAGGAUGACAAGCCUCCCCAUCAUCAUCAACAGCAACAACAUGAAGAAGAAGAACAAGAAGCAGCACCUAUGGAAGAAAUGCAAGAGUCAACGCAACCAGAAGAUGACACACAAGGCGAUAUCAUUGAAAACAGCAAUGUCGACCUUGACCCAGCAGACGACCCAUCUUCCCCAACACGUGUCCAAGCAGAUGCCAACAAUAACAACCCAUCCGCUGCUUUGCCUCCAGUGCCCCAAAUCACAGGUUGUAGAACACAAGGCCAAAUUGCUGUAACCUACAGCGAAGGCCCUAGUGAUGCUACUGCCAGCAUUGUUCGUCAGCUGACCCAUGCGGAUGCACGAGCUAACUUUUUCGUUAAUGCUUCAUGGUUGUAUACCCAACAAUAUGCCAUGGUUGUGCAAAACACGUAUAAAAAGGGCCACUUGAUUGGAAUGACCUAUCGCGUCAAGAAUGAUGAUUCCUCAAAGUUGACGGAUGAAGAGCUCAAGCACGACAUCUUGGAAAAGGCUCAUAUUAUUGAAACGUUGAUUCAUGUUGCACCAAAGUAUGUACGAUUGCAUUACACCGAACCUGAGGAUACACGCACCGAGCACAUGUUGCAAAAGUUGGGCUUUGUCCUUGUUGGAUACAAUUUGGAUAGCCAAGAUUACGCCCACAAGCCAGUGGAGGAAGUAUAUAGCUCAGCAUUCCGCCGCUACAAGGAAACCUAUGAUGCAAAGGGUUCAUUCAUUUCCGUGCAAUAUGACAUGCCUGGCACGAUCAAGGCAUCCACUGUUCCUCAUAUGAUCAAUACCAUCAAUGAUGAAGGCUAUACCAUGGUGCGUCUCGAUGGAUGCCUCAACGAUCCAAAGCCGUAUAAGAAAUCUGCUGAGAGUUUGGAAUAUGUCUCAGACGAAUUCUCUUUCAACACCAAAGGCUAUCAUCAAGGACAAAAUGCAGUCGCUCAACACGUGAUUGAGGAAGCUGAAUCAGAGGAUAGAGAGCGUGAAAAGACCGGCUAUGAUAACAAUGAACCGGAGAGCAAAGCGGCCAUUGUCUCGAAUGGCACAUGGAUGGGUGCAUUGUUCAUGGCUUUGAUGGCCGUCAUUCAUCCACUUGUAUAA